AUGAAAUUUGUUACUGAACAUGAUUCUUCAUUCAACGAAAUGAAAGACAAAAUUAAGUACACAACAGAAAGUGCUUGUAUUAAAAUUGUUUUAACGCCAACAUUGAUCAUCUCGUAUGAUAAUGAGACAACUGAACGCAUACCUCACGACGAAACCUCUCAUUUUCGUAUGUUGAAGCACUUGAGAUGUAAUUCGCAUCCAUCAUACAUUACAAUGUUUCCACACGCACUGAAGUAUGAAAUUAUGUUUGGAAGUGAAUGCUGA